AUGCCAUGGUUUAAACUAGUGUGUUCUUAUGACCUGAAAAGCUCCAAAACGCAGCAUGAACCAACAAUUGAAAUAACAAUACAAGAUACUAAACAUCGUUUCAUGGUGGACACUGGGGCAACUUAUUCAUGCAUAGGAAAAGAAGGAGCUGGACUUCCCCUGUCGUCAUCAUCAAUGAUCCGAACUGUUGGCUUCUCUGGGAAAACACAAGUGAUACCAUUAACGGAACCUAUUCCAAUAAAGGUUGCUGGAAAAACAAUCUCUGCGCCCCUUCUCUAUUCUGCAGAUACGCCAAUUAAUCUGUUGGGAAGAGACAUAUUAUGCUCUUUAAAAGCAAGAAUAAUGUGCACCCCUGAUGGGGUUGCCUUUGACAUACCAGACGAUAAGCUGAACACCAUGGUGACACUGAUAAGACCGUCUGGAGAUGAAGAAUGUGAAACAAAAAUCAGAGAAGCACUAGUUUACUGGCUGAAACUAACGUCACCUGACUCACACCUGAAACAAGAAUGGGAAGAAUGGAAGCUGUUUGUAACCAACUACUAUGAAAAGGCACAAAAACCAACUCUCUCUCGCCACUGCACUAUGCUGUAUGAUAACAACCAGAGCCAAGAGGAGUAUGGGAAGUGCUGGGAUGAACUAAUAAAUAACACCACUACAGCAAUCCAAUAUGAUUACAUCAUCAUAGGCCCUCAGGGAGCAGCAGCCAUUGUCAAGCUUCCUGAGAGACUGCAAGGAUGGUUUCAAGUUUCUGGUUCAGCACCACACAUCACACUACUCAUAGCAGAAGGACAUGAAUCACAUGAGUUAGGACCAAUGAUAAGAGAGGCCCAACAAGUCAAACAAUGGAUCCCCACUGAUUGUGAGUUUAUUCAACACUCCCCAGAUCAACGCUUUAUAAAAAUUAUUAGUACACAAGCUAAUGAGGUGAUAGCAGAAAAAGUACAAUUAGAAUAUGAAACCCAAACAAUCAUGACACUAACAGAUGAACAUGAAGAAUUAUUAAAACAGGUACCCCCACAUGUGUGGUCAGCCAGCAAAACAGACGUAGGAUUAGUUAAAUCAGCUUCACCUCUCCAAUUUAAAGUUAAAGCAGGAAUGAGAUUACCAUACCAAAAACAAUAUCCACUUAAAAAAGAAGCUAUAGAAGGAAUAGAGCCUAUAAUACAGGGACUAGUAGAGGCAGGAGUACUGAUUAGGACUAGAAGCAUGUAUAACACUCCAAUCUUUCCAAUAAAAAAGCCAAACACCAAUGAUUAUAGAUUAGUGCAUGAUUUAAGAGCAAUAAAUGCAGUAGUACAGGAAGAAACCCCAAUUGUCCCAGACCCCCACACACUGCUGUCCAACAUCCCACCAGGAACUAAGUGGUACACCGUGAUUGAUCUCUGCUCAGCAUUUUUCAGUGUGCCUGUACAUCCUAAUUCUCAAUUCUUAUUUGCCUUCACCUACCAGGGUCAGCAAUACACAUAUCUACGGCUGCCACAGGGCUUUGUGCAUUCUCCCUCUAUUUUUAACAGUGUUAGCAGAAGAUCUUCAACAUUUAGACAUUCAAUCAACCACAUUAAUGUAUGGAGAUGACAUUCUGAUCUGCUCAGAAACCAAAGAACAGUGUGAAAAGGAUUCAGUUGCAGUGUUUGAACGCACUGGCAGCUGGAGGUCAUAAGGUCAGCAAGAGCAAGUUGCAGUUCUGUCAACAGACAGUAGAGUAUUUAGGACGACAGCUUAGCGGCGAAAGGAGGCACAUUGCACCCUCUCAAGUGGAGGCAAUUGUAAAAAGCUUCCAAACCACUGACUGUGGGACAAAUGUUGUCCUUCUUGGGCAUGGCUGGAUACAGCAGACCCUGGAUCUGUGAUUAUGCCAUAAAAGCAUCUCCUUUUAGAAAUAUGAUACGUGCAGCUGGACAAAAUAACCGUUCAGCACCUCUGGUGUGGACAGAGGAAGCAGAAGGAGCAUUUCAAAUUCUAAAAAGAGACCUGCAGACUGCCCCAGCAUUAGUUAAUCCUGAUUAUAAGAAACCAUUUCAUCUUUAUGUGGCUGAGAGACAGGGCUAUGCAUGUGCUGUUUUGAUGCAAAAUUCCCCUACAGGGAAACAACCGAUAGCCUACUAUAGCACCAAGCUUGAUAACAUUGAAGAAGGGCUGCCGCCUUGCUAUCAGGGCUUGGCCGCAGCUGCGUUUGCUUACAAAAAAGCAUCAGUUCUAACAAUGGGACACCCAGUGACAUUGUAUACGUCACAUCAAUUGCAUGCAAUGCUAACCAGCCCUCGAUUUGUAGUUACACAGGCCAGAAGGACCGGUUAUGAAGUUUUACUGUCAGGAAAAGAAUUAACAAUUCAACGGUGUACCACAAUAAAUCCAGCAACUAGAAUAGUGCUACCAAAUGAAGGAAUCCCACAUGACUGCAUUCAGGAGACAGACAGAUUUAUGCAAGUACGAGAAAAUUUGCAUAAUCAACCGGAGUGUGCCACAUCCAUGCCUGCAUCUGGAAACAAAGAGGCUUCAUCCGUGCAGAUGGCACACCGGUUGUGCAUGGAGAAGCUGUGGCACAAUUAAUUCAGGCCAUGCAGCUACCAAAAGAGUUGGCUAUCGUGAAAUGUCCAGCACAUCAAAGAAAUGGCACCUUCAUAUCUAGAGGUAAUAACUUAGCAGAUGAAGCUGCAAAAGAAGCAACAAAAAGUGUAAUACAAUCUCCUGUUUUGAAUGAUGAAGAUGCUAUACCCAUCACCAACUUAGCAUCACUAAUACAAGCUCAGAACUCCAGAGGCAGAGAAGAGGCUCUGGGUCCAAAGGGGGGCCAUUCAAACAACCACCCCACAUGCAGAUUUAUGGAGGAGUAGUCAGGGACAUUUUGUGUUGCCGUUUGCUAUAAAGAAAAUGCACGAGCCAGAUCAUUGUUCACGAGGCCAAGUGUUAAAGAAAUUACAAGCUGUGUGGUGGUCACCGUAUAUGGCACCAAUGGUGGAUAGAGAACUGGCUUUGUGCCCACAGUGUCCUAAAUAUAAUGUGAGAAAAACCUUCACCCACCAAUAGCUCACAUACCAGUUCCUGAAGGCCCUUUCAGACAUGUGAUGAUGGAUUAUGUGGACAUGAUAGACAGAGUGAGAGGUAAGAGGUACCUGUUUGUGGUGGUCUGUCGAUUCAGCAGGUGGAUAGAAGCUUGUCCAACAGCCAAUCCAGACCACAAAGCAGCAGCUAAGUUCUUGUGUACAGAAGUCUUUCCCAGGUUUGGAAUGCCAGAUACUAUAUCUUCUGAUAAUGGUCCUCACUUUGUGUCAAAAGUUAUAUGAGAGAUGUUUUACAUCUUAGCAGUUAAGCAGAAGUUUGGAUGUGUUUAUCACCCUCAGUCACAAGGUUCAGUAGAACGAGCGAAUGGAGCGCUUAAAGCUAAAAUCUGUAAAAUAAUGGCAGACAGUAAUAACAAACUGACAUGGGUGGAUGCAUUACCACUGGCAUUAAUGUAUAUGCGCUCACAAACUAACCGACUAACUCAUCUAACACCUCAUGAAAUGCUUACUGGCCGACCAAUGCCUCUUCCACAGUAUCGUGGUCCAAUAGAGGGACCAACACUGCACCAGCUUGAAAAAGAACUGGGAGAUUAUUUAAGGGGUUUGACUAAAAUCCACAGACUUAUCUUCCAACAGGUGAAAAAGGCCAACGGUACAGGAGAUAACAGAAUGCCACUGGAUGUGAGAAACAUCCAAGUAGGAGACCAGGUGUUCAUACGCGUGUUCAAAAGGCAGUGGAAUCAGCCUCGCAGAGAGGGGCCGUUCAAGGUUGUGUUAACCACACCCACUGCUUUAAAAGUAGAAGGUAAGGACUUCUGGUACCACCUUAAUCACUGCACGUGUCACCGACCACCUAACCCGCUGGGGAACCUACCAGCCCCAGUGCAUGCUGAAGGGGAUGCGGACAGCACCCCACGAAGUAGAAUACCAGCUUUACUUCCUUCUAACGGGGAAAGACGAUCAGAAAGAUUAAAAGCAAGAAGACAAGUCACGCAAACCUCACAAAGGGAAAUACCAGACCACGCACAUAGUAAUACUGACUUUAAUAAUGCAACAUCCACAGUUACAAGUCCUGGAACAGCAGGUGAAGGGUUCUCAGUCGAAGAUGCUGCUUCCCUUGCUCCUGACCACUCUGACGUACCUCUACACACACCAGCAUGGGAAGGACACGUGUCGGAGAAGCCUGAAUAGCCCCCGCCGCCUUUCUCUCUCUUCUCUCUCUGUUCUUCUUGUGCUAACCCUUUUAGGCUUAGCAAGGGGGGAGCUACUACUGCUACAUGACACUGCGUCUGAGCUAACCAGUACUGAAAAAGGCCAACACCCACUAGCUGGUUGUGCGCUGGCCAUGAUUACACUAGCUGUUCAUAAAGGCAUAAUAGAACCACGGAGCAACCGCCACUACACAUAUGUAAAGUCUAAUGCAUAUGAGUUCACACUGACCACUAGUUUUUCAGAAACGUAUUGGCUGGGAAAUCCACGCACUGAUGACUGCCGAGGAGAAGGGAUGUUGACCAUACAGUACGGGGGGAGGAAUUGGAGCGGGUGACAGGCAGAAGAACACCAAAGAUGAAGGAUGCGGCAGGAUUGGUGAAAUGCAGCAAGGAAACAAGGUACCCAAGAACAGCAACAAGUAAUGUGACAGCCACCAUCAAAAUGUGCACCCCCAGCCCAAAAGCCUGCAUGAAAUGCACCCAAGUAGUUUCAAACGGAGCACAUGUAAUAUAUGAGAGAAACCUUACUACAAUCUCACAAUAUAGACUAUUAGAUUUUGCUGAAGGCACAGCUCCAUUAGGAGACAACUUCUGGACCUGUGAAAACAAUGCCACAAUAAUGCCUCAAUUACCAAGAAAUUGGACGGGCAUAUGUGCCCCAGGAAUGCUGACUGGACAACUGACGCUAAUCACCCAGAAAACUGCACCAGCUAGUUCCCGACCAAAAAGAAAUGCACCACAGCAGUACACCCUAGCCAAUUGGACAUGGACAUACCAACCAGCAGAAGUAUAUAUCACAUGGGACCAGGUACCAAGUGGAGUCCCAGGUGAAUAUGAGGCAAUAGGUUCAGAUUGGAUACAGUCAGGUAGAGUGGCAGGAAGCAUCCCGCUCACUGGUAAAAUACCCAAUGCUCAAUACAUAGCAAGAAAUAGUCGAUGGGUUAAUUACUUAUGGUACAAUCAACAGAGGUUCAUAAAUUUCACCCUGUUAGGCUUUGAAUUGGUAAAAGACCAACUGCAUCCCACGUCAGUUAUGGCAUUACAAAACAGAUUUGUGAUUGAGUCCAUAAUGGCCACAGAUCAAGGAGUAUGUGAAGAGUUUGGAAAGGAGCGUUGUACCGUAAUACCUCUCCACACAGCAAAGGAGGGUGACUUGACACGAGUUUUAAAUGCCAUGAAGAAAGUGCGGGACGAACACGUUAAUAACUCAAACUGGAACACAAGAUUGGCAAGUCUGUGGGACUGGCUUAGCAAAAUGAGCUGGCUGAGGUGGCUUAAAAUGAUAGGAGUGACAAUAGGAGGAUUCUUUGUGUUGAUUUUAAUAAUAAUCUGCUGCAUCUUGCCCCUGCUACGCAUCCUGAUCUCCAAAGUGCUGCAAAGUGUGACAGGGCAGUUCCCAUUACAGGUAAGAGAUGGUGAUGAAAUUGCUUUGACCGAAUUUGACGACAGCAUUAGUGACUUCAGUAACAGCACAGAUGAGAGAUGUCUAUGAGAGAUAGAUGAUUAAAAACUAAAAACCAAGGUCAUCAUCCCUCUCCAUUAAGGUAUGUACAGUGUUCAAAAUCAGUAGAAAAGAACGUGAACAACACAAAAGCAACAUAUUUAUGUACAUAUGUAAAUACACAACUAUAACCAUUUUAUUCAUUUUCCAUAAAGACUAUACAAUGGCUGAGGCUUUCUGGACCUGGCAGGCAGCCAUGGCGUCUGGCAGUCAGGACGAUGGGACCGACAGACCAGGCCCAUCACACAUGUUAGCAGCACCUUAUCACAUAGCCACAUCAUCCAGGGAAACACCUAUUCUGACCACCAUGAUACAGGCAGGAUCUAACGGUGAAGGAGAGAGGCAGCAAUCCUUUUACCAGCAUCGACUUCCACCUUUGAUGCCAACACCAUUCGGAGCGGCCAUUGCCCAGGUUCGACCACACCGCAGGACCAUACCUCCACCACCCCCAGCACUGACUCCACCAUCACCACUGCCACCAGUACUGACACCACCACCACCACCACCUUCACCGGCGACAUCAACAUUAGAGGAACCCCAGCAUCCAGAGGAGAACAACGACCCAUGGCAGCAGAUCAACUUGCCUCCAGACCCAGCAGUGAAUCAUCCAGAAAAUAAUGAUGAGGAGGAGCCAUCAUCCAAUCCAACAUCUCCAGCAGAAUCUUCUGAGCUGGCCAACCAGGACCUCAACAGACGGUUGUUUCCCUCACGACGUCAUCACAUGUCUGAGGGAGAUGGUAACCUAAUGGGCAGAUACCUGUCACGCCCAUGGAAUACCUAUACCACGGCACAUGACUUUGAGGAGGAGAUUGCCUCAAUGUCACGCCACACCUUUUUUCUUACUACUCGGAACCUAUCGCAGGAGGGAAGAAGGGCUCUUAAGGCAAUACGGAGCAAAGCGCACCAGCGGAAUAAGAACAUGGAGCUUAGAGCGCGGGCUCAACGUGCCGAAAGAUCACUGGCCACUAUGGAGAACGAAAGGAACCAGGCCAGGAUGGAUGCGGAACGAUACAGGCAAGCUAUUAACUGUAUAUACAACCACUGCUGCAAUUACACAAUCGUGCUCCUUUCUGGAAUAAGUGACAUGCAAGAGGGAAACUUCCAUGGGCCCAACAUACUUCGUGAUGAACAUGUGGAAAUGGAGAGGGCACGAUUGCUCCCAAGUUAUCAGAACCUUAUCCAUGAAAACUGACACUACCAUCAGUGUUUGCUUCAUAUAUGAACAUAUGUAACCACUUAGUAUCUACAUCAUAUUGGAACUUGUAUAACCACAUAAUCAUGUGUAUUAUUAGUGUGACAGAGACCCUAGAAGAUAACAGGAUGCUGCAAGGAGGAGAAAACACCUGUAUAAUGGACUUCCGGGGGACUAUGGACACAGUAACUUCAUAACCUGCAUAUUAAGAAGGACUGCUAUUGAUGGACACAAACCAAUGUGUGAUGUAUUAAAAAUAAACUCUGUAUGAUAAGGCUGUGCAGAAGGAAGGUACAAAUGGUUAACAGUAGAGCCUAAGAGAUCAUAUAAAAAUAAUUCUGAAAUAAGUAAUUGGACAAAUUGCAAAUUAAAAUUAUUCAAGUAUUAUUCAAUAAUGCUGAAUAACAUAUAUAAACAUAAACAAACAUAAUAAACAUACUAUUAUAAAUUAACACAACUAGUAGAGACAGGAAGUUUACACUACCUGUGUGAUGUUGUCAAAAUGUAGUAGCAUUCUGACCAGAACGAUUAGGAGAAAAGACUAAGUAGGUCUGUAAAGACUGAAAAGUCAGGAAGGUUUCUUGGAUUAGUUUAAAAGUACUGGGCAUUUAGAACCCAGUACUACACCUAAAGUGUUGAGCAUAUAGGCUUGAGGCAUAAGGUGUAAAGCUGCUCUGAGAGAGAAAAAUGUCAGAAACUUCUCUAUAAAAAAAAUAAGGUAACUGGUACUUAAGGAAAACUCCUUAGAAAGUUAAACCUAAAGUCCUGUGUAGCUUUAUGAGCCAAAGAUGAGUAUUCUUGUUUUUUGUUUUUUUCACUUAUAUUAAAUAGCAUAUUUGAAGACUAGAUGGUAGUAACCUGAGCACAUAUACAUAUUAUGCAUGUUUACUUAUAAUUUGUGCUCAUAGAUACACUUCUCCACACAAAUAUAUAUAUUAUGCAUGCUUAUUUUAUUUUCAUUGAACAUGUGUGUGAGACAUUUAUUCACUAGGUUAGAUUGAAAUGUGUUUAGGGAUCCGGACCACAUGACGUGGCAAUUUACCUCUCAUGAGUGACAUUGAAAGUGAGGGGACGUUUCCCGAGUCAUGUUGUCCUGUCCAUAGGUGUUCUGUCAGUGACGGCACCUGGGUGAUCCAUUUUGUACAGGUAAGUGCCUGGGAUCACUUUUAGAAGUGCCUCAUAACUGUUUUAUUGAUAGUUGUGACACAUUCUUUAGGGAGGCCCUCACUGUAGAACUCACAUAUCAACAUACUGACAUAUAAUCCUAUGUUUUGUUGUUGAAUUGCAUGUAUGUUACUGAUGGAUGGUCCUUUUAGGACCAAAGGGGGGAAAUGUUGUGUAAAAAUUCAUAAAGUUUAUAAAGUAAUUACUGUUGAGAUUCCAGGAGACAAUGUUACAAAAUAAUAUGGCACCUGCUGUACUACAACAGCACCCACUGUGGCAGGUGUGGAUAAUAGCACUCACGGGGUCAUGUGUGUAAGGAGGAGACCCUGUUAUGCAACAGAAGUGUAGUACCACCAAGACCAUUAAAACUACAGUGUGUUUUACUGACCUAGAUAAGGCAGGUGGGAGGAGUGCAGCUUCUGCUGCAAGCUCCUGACCUACAGUAACCUGACCUUGGGAAAGUGAAGGUUUGGAGGGGAGCUGCCCCGCCCGGCGAGAAAAGGGCAGAGCAACAAGUGUCUUCACUUUGUUUGGGAUUAUGAUUGGGUAAAAAUAUAAUAAAAUAAUGGUCAAAAACACCCUAAAAGGUCAAGAUGAUGAUCUAACGUCCGGGGAGCUGAAUCCCACCCCGUGAGCAACAGGUAUAUAAGGUGAUGUUGUGACCAAAAAUCCUCAGUCUGUCUUGUCUUUUGUCACUUUUCUGUGGAAUAAACGCUUUGUCGACCCUGGA